UUAGUGGGAAAGUGUGUGUGACUUUUCAGCAAUAAAAUAAUAAUUAAUUUAAUACUUUUAAAUUAAAUUACUAAUAAAUUUAAGUUUAUCUAAGGCUUUCAGAGCGUCUGGCAUCAGAUUUUUCCAAAAUUAAUUUCUAAAUAUAUAUUUUGAAUUAUUUGAUUUUGCCAAAAUUCCGACCAAAACACCCAAAACCAGAGCAGCAGCAGCCAAACGACGUCAUCAGGAUAGCAAUUCCCCUCAACCGGCACCGACCCCUCCACCAGCAGCAUCAACAUCGUUAAAGCCGUCGGGGUCGUCUCCAUCCUCCUCCUCAUCCUUCCAUAUAGUUGAGCAACUGCCUCCGCCGGGGCAGAAGCAAAAAUCGCAGGUUCUGCCUGCAAGUAAAAAAAUGAAUCGCUCGAACAAUGCUCAAACCACACAGAAGCUCGUUAAUUUGAAUGACAUCUGGGAGGAGCUGGUUGAGGGUAUCCUACAGAUUUUCGAUCAGGAGAAAUGUUUAACCCGUAGUCAGUAUAUGAGAUUCUAUACGCAUGUCUAUGACUAUUGCACAAGUGUAAGUGCUGCGCCAGCUGGACGUAGUUCUGGCAAGACGGGUGGAGCUCAGUUAGUGGGCAAAAAGCUGUAUGACCGCUUAGAGAAUUUCCUUCAGACCUAUCUGUGUGAUCUGUUGACAAAAUUCAAGGCAAUCAGUGGAGAGGAAGUCCUUCUCUCGCGAUAUACCAAGCAAUGGAAGCAAUAUCAAUUUUCCAGCACGGUACUCGAUGGCAUUUGCAAUUAUCUCAAUCGCAAUUGGGUGAAGCGAGAGUGCGAGGAGGGUCAGAAGGGUAUAUAUAAAAUCUAUCGUUUGGCUCUGGUGGCCUGGAAGGCGCACCUGUUCCAGGUGCUCAACGAACCCGUGACUAAAGCUGUCCUCAAGUCCAUUGAGGAGGAACGUCAGGGUAAACUGAUCAAUCGAUCAUUAGUCCGGGAUGUUAUUGAAUGCUAUGUGGAAUUGAGCUUCAAUGAGGAUGAUAUAGAUGGCAACGAACAGAAGCUAUCGGUCUACAAAGACAACUUUGAGACUAAGUUCAUAGACGAUACCUCUGCCUUCUAUGAGAAGGAAUCGGACGCGUUCCUAUCGACGAAUACGGUAACCGAAUAUCUUAAACAUGUCGAAAAUCGUCUCGAAGAGGAGAAGCAGCGUGUUCGUGGUCUGAACUCAAAGAAUGGUCUCUCAUAUCUACAUGAGACCACUGCAGAGGUCUUAAAGUCCAAGUGUGAACAGGUCCUCAUUGAGAAACAUUUGAAAAUCUUCCAUUCAGAGUUUCAAAAUCUAUUGAAUGCCGAUCGUAAUGAUGAUCUGAAACGCAUGUAUUCCUUGAUAGCCCUCUCACCCAGAAACCUCACCGAUCUAAAGACAAUUCUUGAGGCCCAUAUCCUACAGCAGGGCACUGAGGCGAUUGAAAAAUGUUGCACCUCCGAUGCAGCAAAUGAUCCCAAGACCUAUGUCCAAACCAUAUUGGAUGUACAUAAAAAAUAUAAUGCUCUUGUCCUGACUGCAUUCAAUAAUGACAAUGGGUUUGUGGCAGCUUUGGAUAAGGCAUGUGGCAAGUUUAUUAACUCAAAUGUGGUCACAACAGCCACCAGUCCGAGUAAGUCCCCCGAAUUGUUGGCCAAAUAUUGCGAUUUGCUGCUUAAGAAAUCGUCAAAGAAUCCCGAAGAUAAGGAACUCGAGGAUAAUCUAAAUCAAGUGAUGGUUGUCUUUAAAUAUAUCGAGGAUAAGGAUGUCUUCCAGAAAUACUAUUCCAAGAUGCUGGCCAAGCGUCUGGUGAAUCACACAUCGGCCUCAGAUGAUGCCGAGGCCAUGAUGAUCUCCAAGCUGAAGCAAACAUGUGGCUAUGAGUACACAGUGAAGCUGCAGCGCAUGUUCCAAGACAUCGGCGUAUCGAAGGACCUCAAUUCCAAUUUCAAAGAAUAUUUGGCCACCAAGAAUGUAGUACCAGAGAUUGAUUUUGGCAUUGAGGUUCUAUCAUCGGGUUCAUGGCCAUUUAUGCUAAGUAAUAACUUCCUCCUGCCCUCGGAGCUGGAACGUUCGGUGAGGCAAUUCAAUGAGUUCUAUGCGGCCAGACAUUCGGGACGUAAACUCAAUUGGCUCUAUCAGAUGUGCAAGGGGGAACUGAUCAUGAAUGUGAUUCGUAAUAAUGCAUCCACCGUCUAUACCCUGCAAGCCAGCACGUUCCAAAUGUCCGUGCUGUUGCAGUUUAAUGAUCAGCUUAGCUUUACAGUUCAGCAAUUGCUGGAUAAUACACAGACACAGCUGGAGAACUUGAUUCAGGUUCUUCAAAUAUUGCUCAAGGCCAAGGUAUUGACCUCCAGCGACAAUGAGAACUCAUUGACACCCGAAUCGACAGUGGAGCUAUUCUUGGACUAUAAGAACAAGAAGCGACGCAUUAACAUCAAUCAACCGCUCAAGACUGAGAUGAAAGUGGAACAGGAGACUGUGCAUAAACACAUUGAGGAGGAUCGUAAGCUACUCAUACAGGCGGCAAUUGUGCGUAUUAUGAAAAUGCGCAAGAGACUCAAUCACACCAAUCUCAUAUCGGAGGUGCUCAAUCAAUUAUCGACACGUUUCAAGCCCAAGGUGCCUGUGAUUAAGAAAUGCAUCGAUAUAUUGAUCGAGAAGGAGUAUCUGGAACGUAUGGAGGGACACAAAGACACAUAUAGCUAUCUCGCUUAAGUUAAACAAAAACAAAACAAAAAUUGUAAAGAAACAACAACAAUUUAGCUAUUUUCAUUCAUGCCCAACAAAAACUAUACAAAAAACAAAAAACAACAACUAACGAAAAGAUGUCCAUAAAAAGAGAAACAGAAAUAUACUUAGCGAUCCUUGCCUCCUUUGCCCAGAUAAGCGUUUUGGUGCAAUUCCCAGGUCAUAUACACACAUCCACACAGACACACAUCCAUACACACACACACACAUACACACAUCCAUACACACACACACACAUACAUGCAUAUGUAAACACAUUUAUUUAGGGUACUCAAAGACAAGACAAGAAGUUGUAAGCUUUUCUUUGGUUUUAAAUUUUUUUUUAAUUGA